AUGAACCUCCUCCUGAGGCUGCGGAGGAGCUUCCGCGCCCUCAUCGCGCUCCUGGCCGCCUUCUGCCUGGCCAGCAUCGCCUUCUCCGCCUACUUCCUCUACGCGGGGUCCCGGCAGGAGGUGGUGCUCCUGGAAGCCACCGCCAAGGCCGAGUGCGCCGACCUCAGGCUCCUGCCCUUGCGGGCCGCGGAGCCCCGGACAGCCAGGCCCAUGGACACGUCGCGCACGGACCCCACGGUGCUGCUGCUGGUGGAGAGCCAGUACUCCCAGCUGGGCCAGGACAUCGCCGCCAUCCUGGAGUCCGGCCGCUUCGCCUACCACAUGGUCAUCGCGCCGGGGAAGGGGGACAUCCCGCCGCUGACCGAGGGCGGCCGGGGCAAGUACGUCCUGGUCAUCUACGAGAACGUCCUCAAGUACGCGAGCAUGGACGCGUGGAACCGCGAGCUGCUGGAGAAGUACUGCGUGGAGUACAGCGUGGGCAUCAUCGGCUUCCACAAGGCCACGGAGAACAGCCCGCCCGGCGCGCCGCUGCGGGGCCUGCCGCUCAGCCUCCUGAACAACCUGGCGCUGCGGGACUGCCUGGUGGACCCGCGCGCCCCGCUGCUGCGCCUCACCCGGGCGCCCCGCGUGCAGCAGGCGCUGCCCGGCCGGGACUGGACGGCCUUCCGCUCCAACCACUCCACCUACCAGCCCGUGCUGCUGGCCGCGCCGCAGGGCGGGGAGGGCCCCCCGGCCGCGCCCGGCGCCCCGCUCCACGCCACGGUGGUCCAGGACCUGGGGCUGCACGACGGCAUCCGGCGGGUGCUCUUCGGCAACAACCUGAGCUUCUGGCUGCACAGGCUCAUCUUCGUGGACGCCGUGUCCUUCCUGUCGGGGCGGCGGCUGAGCCUGUCCCUGGACAGGUACCUGCUGGUGGACAUCGACGACAUCUUCGUGGGGAAGGAGGGCACGCGGAUGAACGUCAGAGACGUGAAGGCCUUACUAGAGACUCAAACCUUACUGCGCACUCAGGUUGCCAAUUUUACCUUCAACCUUGGAUUUUCAGGGAAGUUUUACCACACAGGGACCGAGGAGGAGGACGCGGGUGACGACCUGCUGCUCAGGUCGGUGGACGAGUUCUGGUGGUUCCCCCACAUGUGGAGCCACAUGCAGCCCCACCUCUUCCACAACGAGUCCUCGCUGGUGGAGCAGAUGGCCCUCAACAAGGAGUUCGCCCUG